AUGAAGCUUGGUAGCAAAAAGGAGCAAGCAUACGCUUCAUUAGACAUGGAGUCACCGCAUACAGCGCCGAUACGACGUAAUCAAUCGAAUGUUCAGUUAUCUCCGACGUCAUCCUCUACAAUUUCCAUUGCAUCAGAGCAUGGAAAUAUCUUCAGUAGUGACGGAAAUAGUCGGCGUUUGCAUAAUAGCGUCGCUAACUACGUUCUUACAGCGUUAGAUGGACCUGUGCGUCAAUUGGCAUUUGAAACGAAAGGAGCGCUGUUGGCAACUGGUUUAGCAGCAACGUGCUAUUUACUUGCCUAUUUUCAGGCGGUAAUGAUUCCAUUCUUCCUUGCAGUUUUUCUCAUGUACUUAGUAGAUCCACUUGUCGAAGUUAUUGAUGUCUCGCCUCGAUAUUUUCUAUGCAUCUGUACAUCACGUGGUCGACAUGCUCGGCGAAAAUCACGCGGAUGUUCACGUGCACUUGCAUCGUUUGUGGCUGUGAGCUUAGUGUGUGUAUUCUUUGGAUUAUUGGGUUACAUUACUGUGCUUUCGGUUCAUGCACUUGAUGCAAGUGCGUAUCAAACUGGAUAUAACAGUUUAGUAUCUGGUGUUGAACAUCUUCUUGGACAGAUUGGACUUCCAGUAAAUAUCACAACAACACUUCAUGAUAAUGUUGAUAAGCUUGCACGUUUUGUCGUGACAGAAACGAUGGAUUUACUCUCCGUAAUGUUUGUGACGCUUAUUUAUCUCACGUAUUUCUUAUGCACUCGUACUCGUGCAAGUGAUGCUGGAGGUGUUUGGUCAAAGAUUGAUCAUGAUAUUCAACGGUUUGUGACACUUAAGUGCUUUUUAUCGUUAUUUGUGGCUCUGCUUGUUACGAUCGUCUACGUCUCGCUAAAUGUUGGACUUGCUGUUGUAUGGGGUAUGUUAACUUUCAUAUUAAAUUGGAUUCCAAACGUUGGAGCGAUGAUCGCGUCUGUUGCGCCCAUUUGCAUUAUCGCUAUCACUCCAUCAGAGUUGAUGAAUCCAAUGGAGAAAUUCUUAGCCAUGUUUCUUCCAAUGUGUUUCCACAUGUUUGUGGGCAAUUUUGUAGAACCAAAAGUUUUUGGUCGUAAACUUGAGAUCGAUCCCGUGAUUGUGAUUCUGUCACUAUCUGCGUGGGGUCUUUUAUGGGGCGUAGUAGGCAUGAUGUUGUCUGUUCCUCUGACUGCCGCAGCCAAAAUAAUGCUCAGCCAUCUCAAGUUAUGGCCUGAAUUUGUCGCUUUAGUAGAAGGAACGUACUUCACACGAUUUGGAAGUAAGACUAGUCGUCGAUAUAAGAAAGAAGAGGAUGAUCAAAAGGGGUUUGAAACAAUGGAAGUACGAACAGAAAGUGAAAAGGAUCGUGCAAAUAACAGCCACAUACGGGCAUAG